CGCAGCCUCUCAGUCAUGUGCCCCACUUCAGGCACCAGCACAUGACCCUCUCCUGCCUCACUGAUCAUCAGGCUCCUGGGGGGGAACAGCCACUUACUACAACACUUAUCCAGGAGCGGUGUUGUUACAGGACGCUCCCCAACUGCUCGAGAGCUCUUUCUGUCUUCAGAUCAGCAACACAAACUUCCUGCAUGCAAAGCCCUGCUGAUGUCACAUGAUUCAGCGGCGUCGCGCGGAAGGAAGCAGGUUUGGUUGAGAGACACAGCAGCCGCGGUGAAAACGUCCACAAGCUGCACGAAACGCCGAAGCGAGCUGAAGUCUGGGACAGAGGCGCUGGAGAUGCUGGGAUCACCCUGCGUACGAAACACAGACAUGAUGCAUGUGGAGUGGUUGGAGUAAAUAGGAGACACCACAGUGAAGCAGGACAGGAGUGUGUCUGUAGUCCAGAUGAAGUGCUUGCUGAUCGCCAGUGAGAGCGCAGAGGUCCUCUUCCACUGGACUGACCCAGAGUUUCAGCAGAGUAUCCAGGAGCAGUAUGGGGCUUCUCAAGAGGAAGGCCAGGGGCUGCCAGCCUUUGAGGACAGCAUCAGCACCCUGUUUGCCCCCAUCAUUAUCUCCUGCAGCACCAUGGUGGACAGGCUGGGUGACAGCUACACCUCCUUCACCACCGAAAACAACCAUAUCUACGUCCUACACCAGUUCGAUGAGUGUCUCUACAUUGCUGUGAAUGGAGAUGGUGAGGAGGGAGAGGAUGAUCUGAGGAGGAAGAUCUAUGUGAUGAAGAAGAUGAUUGAGGUGCUGUUUGGCAUGGUCACCCUCAGCAGUAACCUCCUCAGAAAAGAGCUGCGUCCUCAGGACACGGAGCAAAGAGCGAGACUGUGGAAGCAUCUGCAGAGCCUGCUGGAGACCUACAGCCACCUCCGAGAGAACGACCAGAGCUUCUUAGUGGAGGCAGUGGAGAGGCUGAUCCACCCCACACUGUGUGAGCAGUGCAUCGAGUUCCUGGAGCGCCGUUUAGUUCAGCAGCUCAACAGCAGCGUGGAGAGAGCAGGAGAGGAGGUGCUGCAUGCCUUCAUCCUGGUUCACACCAAACUGCUCGCCUUCUACUCCAGCCGCAAUGCGAGCACACUCGCCACCUCUGAUCUCCUGGCCCUCAUCAUCAUGGCACAGAAUAUGUAUCCUAGCAACGUAGACCAGGAUGACCCAGGUCCUGAGGAUGUUGAGAGUACAUCCGGUUCUGGUCCCGAAAGUUUCUACACCCCAGAGCCCUCCCCUACAGACAGAGACUCAAGCAGUUCAGGUGCAGACAAGCCAGUGAGAGGAAGUACUCCUGUGUUUGAGUUUGUGGACCCAGACAUCCAGAUGGCAGAGGACAGCUUGCAGACUCUGGAAGUUCCUCCACCUGACUCUUCCACCCCUCGUAGAGUCUUCUUAGAGGUCUCACUCAAAGAGGGGCUGUAUCCCAUGAUGCCUCACUCCAUGUACUGUCUGCCACUGUGGCCUGGCAUCACACUAGUGCUGCUAACUAAGAUUCCCACCAGUGCAGUGGCCAUGUCAGUGUAUAAGUUUUUGGAGGCCUUCGCCAAGCUGGAGAUGCGUUUAAGUGAAGGCCAAGAAGGAUCUGCUGCUACUAGAGGCCAGCCGACUAUACACGACGUCCGCAGCAAACUGGAUAAAUUCAUUAAAGCACUGGGGCCUAGUGAGAUACAGUCUGCACAGUUACAGAAUGUCUGGACAGAGUUCAAGAACCGAGCCUUCGCCAGAGGAGGACCUGGGUUCAACAAAGAUCUUAUCCCAUGGUGUAAGAAUAUGAAGACCCAGCUGUGUGGAAUAUAUCGACAGUGUUUUCUUAUCGACUCUGGACCAGCCGACAUUCCUCGCUGUCUCUCCCCCAGUCUGCAGGAACGAGCCCAGACCAUGGUGCAAGAGAAACUGAUGGACUGGAAGGACUUCCUGUUGGUGAAAUGCAAGAGGAAUAUCACCAUGGUGUCAUAUCCUGUCAGCAAAAUAAUCCUACUCCCUGAUUUCCCGGGCCUCAUCCAUUUUAUCUGCGUGGACCGAUCCACUGGCCAAAUGAUUGCGCCGUCGCUCAACAUCACAGAACGCGCCACAUCUGAGCUGGGGAAGGGACCAGUGGCUCAGUUCAUCAAAAACAAGGUGUGGAGCCUGGUCAGCACAACACGGCGCUACCUCCAGAAAGGUUACUCCACUGUCACAUUGCGCGAUGGAGACUUCUACUUCUGCUACUUCCUCUGGUUUGAAAAUGAAACUGGCUACAAAUUAGAGGCAGGGGACAUACCCAUCCUACCUGAUGACUCUGCCCCCAUUGGGAUGCUUGCCUGGGACUACUACAGCAGGAAGCUGCUGCGGUACUACAGUAAGAAUCACCAGGGAGAGGUGGUGAAGUGCUACGAGCUGCUGACAGUUCACCUGGGGGUCAUCCCCACCGAGAUCAUCCUGCAGCACUGCAGGCAGCUGGCAAGCAAACUGUGGGAGCCUUCGCGCAAUCCACUGCUGUAGACGCACCCACGUGCCAAAAAAAAAAAGUCUCUCAUUAUCUCUCUAUAUAGAAACUCUGUCCAGUGCCUGUGUUUUAUGUUCCCAUAAUGUUCAAUGUGUAUAAGGGUGUGUAUCCUAUGAUAAGUUGACCUAAAGUUAUUUAUUAGAAGCGCUUACAUUUAUGAUUAGCACAUUCGAACACAUAUAUGUGCACUUAUGAACUAUCAUGUGUCUUAUAUGAAAUAUAUUGACAAUAUCACUCCUUAAUUUUUGUAGAUUGUAAUAUAUUUUUGAAUACUCAUUUACGACCUGUUUCCUAUUUAUUAGUAAUACUGUAUAUAGUUACGCUGUAUAUGCUUGUUUGUUUUUUUCACUUUUAAAAAUUUGCAGCUGAUCGAUUUUUAUAAACACAGAUACUGUCCAUUUUCGCCUUUACUACUGCUAGUGUCAUAACUUGUAUGAAUGAAACAUGCAACAGUAAUUACUGUAUGUCUCUCUGCAUAUAGAUUAUUUUUUGGAGACAAUAAAUAUCAGUAGUCUUUA